AUGUUACCAAGUAUUGAUAAUGAACAAAUAUCAUUAAAGACAUUACAACUAAUUGAAAUAUUAGGUACUGAACAUAUUACAGUUAAACAAUUAAGAAAGUUAUUAAAAUUAUUUGAUAGAAAUUAUUUAUUAACAAAUUUUAAACCAAAUCAUUAUUUUUUACAAAACGGAUUACCAAAUUUAAUGAAAUCAUUAGAUGUAAUGACAUUUAGGAAAGCACCAAGUUCAGUAUUUUAUAUGAAUGGAAUUAAUUCAGGUUUAAUAGUUGAUCCAAUUGGAAAGAUAUCAACAUCUGGUUAUACAAUAUCAACAUGGAUAAAUAUAGAAUCAUUUCAACAUGAGAGUGAAUUCAUUAGAUCAUAUGAACCAAGAUUAUUUAGUUUUUUAAAUGAUGGUGGUAGUGCAGGUAUUGAAGGUUAUUUUGAAAAUUCGAAAUUUGUAAUUAGAAUAAAUGAAAAAGUUAAAGCAAUUGUAAAUUUAAAUAAUAAUAAUAAUAAUAAUAAUAAUAAUAAUAAUAAUAAUAAUAAUAAUAAUAAUAAUAAUAAUAAUAAUAAUAAUAAUAAUAAUAAUAAUAAUAAUAAUAAUAAUAAUAAUAGUAGUAGUAAUAGUGAUUUUCCAACAAAUAAGUGGUGUCAUCUUUUAGUAACACAAUCACCAAAAAAGUGGGGAUUAUAUCCUGGUAAUACUACAUUAAAUAUUUAUUUAGAUGGUAAAUUAGUACAUACUCAACAAAUUAAGUAUCCUUCAACUUCAAAGAAUUUAAAUAUUUGUUCAAUUGGUACAGUACCAUCUGGUAGUGUUCCAUCAAAUAAUAGCGGUUUUACAUAUAUAUCAUCACCUUCUUCACCUUUUUCAUUGUCGUCAUCAUCAUCAGGUGGUAAUAAUCAAUCUGAAUGUUGUUUAAAAUGUCAAAUGGGUUCAUUCUCAAUGUUGUCAACUUUUUAUGAUAAUUCAGAUGUUCAAGAUUUAUUUAGAAAAGGUUCAAAUUAUAUUUUAAAGAAACAAAAAAAUGUUCAAUUUACAUUCUCACCAAAAUCAUUCUAUGGUGGUGUUUGUCAUGGUUUAGGUAAUAGAGAAUUGGAUAACUCUAUCAAUGCUUUCUCAAUUGGUGAUUUGAAAAUAUUUUCAACAUUUUCAAUCAAAGAUUCAAUCUAUUUAAUUGGUGGUCCACAAAUUAUAUUUCCAUUAUUACAAGCGAUUGAAGAUCAAUUUAAAUUCAUUACACCAAUAACUUUAUCACCAAAUUUAUUAUCAUCUUCAUCAUCUUCAUCAUCAUCAAUUUUAUCAAUUGAUCCAAAUAAUAAUAAUAAUAAUAAUAAUAAUAAUAAUAAUAAUAUACAACAACCACAACAACAACAAUUACAAUUAAAUGAAGAAGAAACAAUAAAUACAAAUAAUAAUAUAAAAUUAACAUCAUCACAAUCAACAGAUAAUAUUGUAGUUUUUAAUGGAUCACAAGAAGAUAUUAAUCAAUUAUCGAAAUUAAUUAAUUAUCCAAGAAUUUCAAGUAUUUUAAGAUUUAUUACUCAUUUAUUAAUAAACGAUAAAUAUAAUCAAAAGGAAUUGAUAGGUUCAAAUGGAUUAUCAUUAUUGGGUUACUUAAUAUCAAAUAUUUUUUCAAAUUCUGAUAGUAAUCCAUCACAUCCAUAUAAUUUUAAAACUUUAGAAAGGGAAGAAUUUGAUCUUAUAUUUGAUGCUUUAGAUCAAUUAACUGAUUUCUCUUUAGUUGAUAAAAAUCCAUUACUAAAAUUAAAUAUUUAUAAAGAAAUUAUUUUUAAUUUUAAUAUUUGGGUUCAUAUUAAAAAAGAAUAUCAAAUUCAAUUAUUUAAUUUAAUAAUUUUUAAAGUUUCACAAAAUCCUCAAUAUUUUAGAGAGAAUAUUAAAGUUCGUUAUUUAUUAGAUUGUAUAAAAUAUUUUUAUCAUAUUAAUGAAAAUACAAUAAUAUCAACAAAUAAUAAUAAUAAUAAUAAUAAUAUUGGAGAAUCAAGUGGUGCAAAUAAUAAUAAUAAUAAUAAUAAUAAUAAUACAAAUAAUGUUGGCAAUUGUAGAUUAAAUUGUCAUUUAUCUAAUCAAGAUUUAAAAGAAAUUAUAUCAUAUAUAUUUGACAUUAUAAAAAUUAUAAUUAAACCAAUAUUAAAUGAAAAAGAAGUACCAGAAAUUCAAGAAAUAAUAAAAUUUAUACAAGAUUCUGAAUGUAAUUCAACAGUAAUAAAAGAAUCUUUAAUGAUUUUAUUAUCAAAUUUAUUUUUACCUGUAAAUAACAAUAAUAAUAGUAAUAAUAACAAUAAUAAUAAUAAUAGUAAUAGUAAUAAUAAUAAUAUUAAUAUUGGUGGUGAUGAAAAAUUUCAAAAUUAUGAUACAAUUAAAGGAUUUUUAAAUAGUUUUGAAUCAUCAGGUGAUAUAAAAUCAUUAUUAGGAUUAUUAAAACAUAAUAAUGAACAAGUUCAAGUAUUAGUUAUAAAAAUCAUUGGUAAAUAUAUGGGUGGUUCAGAAGGAUUAUCAAUGGCAUCAUCUGGUAAUGUUAGAAGGUCAUUGAAAUUAAAGAAUACUUUAACAGAUGUUUUAUACUUUAUCACUGAUCAAUUGAUGGAAUUUGAAAUGACUGAAUUAAUGUAUCGUGGUUUAUCAGAGAUUGUUGUUGAUGAAAUUACACCAUCAAUUGCUGAUACUCCAAAUUCACCAUUAUUAGAAUUAUUAGGUAGUGAAACUUUAUUAGCUGAUUCGAUUUCAAGUGUUAAUAUAAUGGGUGGUAGUAAUAAUAAUAAUAAUAAUAAUAAUAAUAAUAGUAAUAAUAAUAAAGAUAAAAUAGAUAGUAAUAAUAAAGAUAAAGAUUCAAAAGAAAAAAGAAUAAUUAAUAUAGCAGCAUUGGAAACAAUUUGUAGAUUAGCAAUUAGAGCACCACUUGCAUUACAACAAAAGAUAUUGAAUGAAAUUUUAUUGUGUAUUAAACAUUUACCACAAAUGAGGGCUGGUAUAUUGGAUAGUGAAAAUUGGCAACAUUGGUUAUUAUCAUUAUGGCCACAACCUAGAUCAAAUACUUCAUCACCACCAUGGUCACCACCUAUUUCACCUUUAUUAACUUCAACUAAAUCAAUGUCACCAUCACCACCACCACCACCACCAUUAUCAUCAUCAUCAUAUCAACAACAACAACAAAAUAUAAUAUCAGAUCAUAGAAGUCAAACAAAGGAACAAUUAUCAAUUAGAGCCUAUCAAUCAGGUAUAAAGGAAAUUUUAACAGGUAUAAUGAAAGUAUUGUUAUUUGAUUGUAUUAAUAAAAAAGAUGGUUGGAAAUUUAUAGAAGAAACAGAGGCAUGGAUAUUUUCUAUUCUACCAAAUGGUGUACCAUUAGAGAGAAGAAUUUUUUAUGAAUGUUUAUUAAAUUUAGAACGUGGUUUGAAAUCAUCGAAUCAUGAUCCAACCACUGGUGGAAUUCUUUUGAAGAAUUAUGUGAAUCUUGUAUCGAUCAUUGAAGAUUUCGUAUUCUCUCAUACUAUGAACAUUUUAGCACAUCGUAAUACUCAAUCUCAAUGGGAAGAUUUUGGAGUUGUAGCAAAGUUAUUGGAUAUUUUCGAUAUAAGUCAAUCGAUUCAAACCAUUCGUAUUCAAGCAAAUGUCGUUAAACCAACUGCAAGUAGUAGUUUGAAUCCAUUCUCAAGUAAUCAUUCAAACUAUCAAUCACCCUAUGGCAGUAUGCAAUUCUCACCUUACAUUAUGACAUUGGCAAAUAAUAGUGGUACAAUUGAUUUGCCAUCGAUCGAUGUAACUAGUGGUUCGGCAAAGGCAAAGAGUUCAAUUCAUACUAUCUAUAGACUAUGUUUAUGUAUUUUUCAAGAGGCAGAAUCAUGUUUCUACGGAGAGAGAGAAUCUUAUCAUCAGAGUAAACACGAUCAUACCAAUGAGAAUGCAGAUGAUGAAGAACGUCAAUUUAGUAUUAGAGUUUGGGGUUUACCAAUGAUUAGUGAGGAUAUGGAUCAUAUAAUCUCAAAGAAUUCAAUUCGUAUUCAAACGAUUUUAGCAUCAGAACGUGAUCAAAAAGAACAAGUUAAACAUGUAAUGUGGAUAGUCUGUUCAUUAAUUACAAUCAUUCGUCGUCAUAAAACAAAUAAUGAAGAUAAAAUUAUAAUUAAUACUCAAUCAAUAAUAAUUUCAUUAUUAAAACAAUUAUUAAAAACUUAUGGUGAUUUAAUUGAUAAUUUUAUUAAUCCACCUUCAAAUAUUUUAUCACCAAUUAUUAAUAGUGUUGUUGGUGGUGGUAAUAAUAAUAAUAAUAGUGGAAAUAAUAAUAGUGGAAAUAAUAUUAAUAAUAAUAAUAAUAAUAAUAAUAAUAAUACAAAUUUAAAUAAUAAUGAAAAUGAAAAAACUUCAUUCUCUGUACAUAGUAUUUCAUCAUUGAAUGAAAAAACAGAUUUAAUUAAUCAUCCAGAAUUUUUAAAAUAUUUUAAUGAUAAACUUUUACCAAAAAUAACAUUAUUAGAUAAAUUACAUGAAAUUAAAGAUCACUAUGAGAAUGCUCAUUUACAAUCAGCAUUUACAAUGACACGUAGAAAUAAAGUUUUGGAAGCAAUCAAUUCAAAUUAUCAAAAACAUCAAAAUGUAAUCACCUAUAAAAUCAAUAAACUUUUAACUAAAUCAAUAUCAACCUCACAGAAAUAUGAAUUUCAAGAGAUUCAAAGGAAAUCGGAUUUUCAAGAAUAUAUUCAACAAUAUAAUCAAUACAUUAUAGAUUUAUGGAAUACUAAAUUUAAACAAUUAACUCAACAAGAGUCUUCACCUUGGUUUCAAAUGGAACCAAAUCAUAAUGAAAAAACAAUUUGGAGACUUUAUAAUAUUUCAAAUUCAAAUCGUGUUAAUAUUUUAAUGAAAAAAGAUUAUGAUGGUACUGAUCAUCCUGAAGCUUCUUUAUCAAAUCAAAAGAUAUUACGUCAACAACAAUUAAGAAUGGAACAACAACAACAAUUAAGAUUAGAACAACAACAACAAAAAUUACAACAACAACAACAACAACAACAACAACAACAACAAUCUCAACAAUCAUUACAAUUACCACCUUCACCUUCAAUUAGUAAUGCUGGUAGUAGUAGUAGUGUUGUUGAACAGUUAAAGAAUAAUCCAAUUUUGAGAAAAGUUACAAAACAUACAACUUCAACAGAUUCUUUAGGUAAUGAUACUUUAGUUGGUUUUGAAAUUGAAGAAAAAGAUGAUGAUGGUAAUAAUAUAAUUUUAGAUGAUGAACAUGAAUCUGAGUGGUGUUUAGUUGAUGAAAAAAUAAUGAAACCUCAAAAAACUCCACAAAAUCAACACCAACAACAGCAAGCACAACAACAACAUCAACAACAACAACAACAACAUCAAUUUAAAAGAUCAACAUCACUAUCAGCUAAUCAAACAUUAUUAAAUACAUCAUCAACUUCAUCAUUAUCAUCGUCAUCAUCACCAAGUUCAAGUUUUAGUAAUAUUCAAACAGUAACUAAUUCAGGUGGUGGUGGUACAAAUAUUAUUACAACAACAACAACAACAACAACAACAUCAACAUUAAAUAAUGAUAGAGUUAAUUCAAAUUUUAAUUUAUUUGAACAAUUAAAUUUAUUAAAUCCAAAAAAGUCAACAUUAACAUCAUCAUCAUCAUCAUCACCAUCUAGUAAUAAUAAUAAUGGUAAUAGUAAUAAUAAUAGUAAUAAUAAUAAUAAUAAUAAUAAAAAUAUUAAAUUAGAAUUUAGUACACAAGGUGAAAUUAUUAAACCAAUGUCAGUAAUUAGAAUUAAAUUACAAAUUUUUACAGAUAGAUUAAUAUUGACAUCAAAUUUAAUUCAAGAAGAUGAUUGUAUACCACCAAAAUAUUUAAAAGAUAGAGAAUAUGAAAUAAAGAAAAUUAUCGGUGUACAAUGUAGACGUUAUUUAUUAUCACCAACUGCUUUAGAAUUCUUUUUCAUCGAUAGAAAAUCAUUAUUAGUAAACUUUCCAAGAGGUUCAAUUUGUGCUCAAAUCUUAAAAUUAAUUGGUAAUCUUUAUGGUUCAAAUGAUAUUAUAUUUAAAAUCAAUACAAAUAAUGUUAGUUUUUUUGAUGGUACUAUAGGUGCCAACAAUAGCACCAACAAUUCAAAUUCUAAUCAACCAAUGACACCACAACAAGUUGUAAUUAAAUAUUUAAAUCCAACUGCAAGAUGGAAGAGAAGAGAGAUAUCAAAUUUUGAAUAUCUAAUGACAUUGAAUACAAUUGCAGGUAGAACUUAUAAUGAUCUUAAUCAGUAUCCGGUUUUUCCUUGGAUCAUUGGUGAUAAUAGUUCAAAUACAUUGAAUAUCAAUGAUCAAUCAAUUUAUAGGGAUUUAAGUAAACCAAUUGGUGCUUUGAAUCCAACUAGAUUGGAAUUGUUUAUGGAACGUUGGACUCAAUGUCCUGCAGAGAUACCAGCAUUUAUGUAUGGUACACAUUAUAGUUCAAGUGGUAGUGUCAUGUUUUUCUUGAUGCGUUGUGAACCGUUCACAAGUCAUUUCAUAAAAUUACAAAGUGGCCAUUUCGAUCAUGCCGAUCGUAUGUUUGAUUCAAUCAUUGAUUGUUGGAGAAAUUGUUUAAAUAGUUCAUCAGAUGUCAAAGAGUUGACACCAGAGUUCUUUUAUUUACCAGAGUUUUUAAUCAAUAGAAAUCGGGUUGAAUUUGGUGUCAAGCAAAAUGGUAAAGCAUUGGAUAACGUGUCCCUACCCCCCUGGGCACAACAGUCACCCUACCAUUUCAUAAUGUUAAAUCGUAUGGCAUUGGAGUCGGAAUAUGUUUCAAUGAAUCUUCAUCAUUGGAUUGAUUUAAUAUUUGGUUAUAAACAACGUGGUAAAGAAGCUGUAAAGGCAAAUAAUGUAUUCUAUCAUCUAACUUAUGAAGGUAGUGUUGAUAUUGGUGCAAUGAAUGAUCCGAUACUUAGAGAGGCUACAAGAGUACAAAUCAAUAAUUUCGGUGUUACUCCAUCUCAGCUAUUCCCAAAUCAGCCACAUCCACAACGUGAUCCGUUACCACAACGUUAUUCAAAUAAAUUGGAUAUUUUCAAAAGAUUGAAACCUUUACAAUUGAUAUCUUUACCUUUCUCACCAUUAUGCAUCUUUGUUUAUUGUCCAACAAAGAGUGAUUAUUAUUCGGGUGGCAUUGGCUCAUCUUUGAUUAGUGGUGUCGUUGGUAAUAGUUCGAGUGCUAAUAGUCUAUUGGGCGAUAGGGUAUUACUAAUUGGUGAGGCAAAUAAUGAUUUACAAUAUUAUCGUUAUCUAGAAUCGACUUCAACCAUUUCAACUCAAACUUCAACCAACUUGGUAUCACAAAGUGUACAACCAUUACCAUCGAAUGCAAAUCAACCAAUCACUCUAUCAUCUGGUUUAAGAUCUGUAAUUGGUAAACCAUUCUGUCAAAUUCCAAGUAACAGUAGAGUAUUAUUAACAAGUGGUAAAUGUGAUUACACUUUACAUAUCGUUCAUGGUGAAGGUUCAAAAUUGGUUACUGGCUCAAUCAAUCAUAAAUCACCAAUCACUUGUAUUGUCUAUGACGAGUAUCAAUGUGGUAGACUUGGUGUUGGUGGUGUACUCAUUGAACAAAAGGUGAUUGUAACUGGUAGUGACGAUAGUACUGCCAUAGUUUGGGAAUAUGAGCAAUCUCAAUCCGAUCAUCAUUCAAUUAAACCAAUUCAUAUUUUACGUGGUCAUAAUUUUGGUAUCACUUGUAUUGCAAUCAAUAAAGCAAAUGACAUUUGUUUAACAGCUAGUAAAGAUGGUAAAGUAAAUGUUCACUCUCUAAAAAAAGGUACUUUCUUUAAAUCAAUUCAACAUCCAAAUAAAUUACCAAUUCAUUCAAUCAUAUUAGAAAAUGAUUCUUCAACAUUUUUCAUUUAUUCAAAUUCAAUUUUACCAAUUGUUCAAUCAGAUUAUAAUUCCUCAGCAACAACAACAACAACAACAAGAGAUGAUGAAUCAUCUUCAUCUUCAUUAUCAUCAUCAAAUACAACAAUUAGUAAUAAUAAUGUACUUUAUAGAUAUUCAAUCAAUGGUGAUUUAAUUCAAAGUGUACAAAAUGAUGUUCAACCAAUCAUUGUUAAAAUGUUAAUCACUAAAUCUCAAAAUGGUAUUAGAUAUUUAUUAACUGCUGGUGGUUAUCAAAUUGUUAUUAGAGAAAUGUUAAAUUUAGAGAUUGUUCAUGUCUUUGAUAUUAGAGAUUUAUCUGGUUUUACAAAUAGUAAUAAAAUCGUUGAUAUCUAUUUAUGGGGUGGUGAUGAAUCUUAUCAAAAACCUUCAACCUCUGUCAGUGGUGAUAGUAAUAGUAAUAAUAAUAACAAUAAUAAUGGCAAUAAUACAAUUAAUAAUAAUUUAACUUUAAUGGUACCAUUAGAAUCUUGUCAAUUAUUAAUUUAUAGUUUUGAUGAAUUUGGUAAUUUAAAAUCACUUGAUUAA